GCUUCCCGUCCCUGAGGUCCCCGACUAAGAGAACAAACUCAGAUGGGCCGCUGGUGUUGCGCCCGGUAAGUACGCCAUAUCCCGAAAGCUAAUUAGUAAGCACGUGACUAUCUCGUUCUCGACCUCAGGCUGGCAAAUUCCUCGUACAUAGACGGUAUCAAGACGGCAUUGGUUCAACCUGAUCAAUAGACUCGCUUGUCCAAAAAAAUCCUCAGCUGCCCAUAUGCACCCCACAGCAUCAUUUGCUGAUAUGGGUGUGGUGCCUCCUCUCGCUGGUGCUCUUGCGCGUAUGUCUAUACGAACUGCAACAGAGAUCCAAGCUGCUUGUAUUCCUCCCCUUCUCGCAGGAAGAGAUUGCAUAGGAAAUGCAAAGACAGGCUCUGGGAAAACCAUAGCAUUUGCAAUCCCAAUCUUGCAGAAGUUGUCUGAGGAUCCAUAUGGGAUAUUCGCGCUGGUACUGACACCCACGAGGGAACUGGCAUUUCAGAUAUCUGAACAAUUUGCGGUGCUUGGUGCUGCAAUAGGCGUCCGAACGUCUGUCGUUGUCGGUGGCAUGGAUAUGAUGACACAAGCUUUAGAACUGGGCGGCCAUCCCCAUGUUGUAGUAGCCACACCUGGGCGUAUCGUUGACCACUUGCGGAGUAGUAACGGCGAAUGGAAUUUGUCUCGCGUCAAGUUUCUUGUAUUGGACGAAGCAGAUCGCCUUCUUACCCCGACCUUUUCCCCUGAACUCAAAUUUUUGUUCGAGACUCUCCCAAGUGAUCGGCAAACCUGUCUUUUUACUGCUACCCUGACGCAAGCAAUUGAGUCCUUGAUUGAAGCCCCGCCGAGACCUGGAAAGGUGAAACCCUUUGUGCAUAGAUCAUUAUCAACUGUCGAAACAGUAGCGACGCUAAAGCAACAUUACGUCCUGGUUCCUUCGCACGUGCGCGAGCCGUAUCUCUACCAUUUACUUUGCAAUCCUCCGGAAAGUAUCGCCUUACUCCGAAGGGCACCGCCAGAACCAAUCAAACCGGGAAAAUCCAGAGGAAAAUCAAGACAUCAGGGAAAGACCAGAGCAUCGCGAAAACCCGGUCCGGAUGAGGAUAUACCCAUACAACCACCACCUACCAUCAUUUUCUGCACGAAGCCUCGGACGGCUGCUUACCUUACUCAUCUACUUCAGACUUUGUCUAUUCGCAGCACCGCGCUACAUUCAAGAUUAACUCAACGCGAACGGUUGACGUCAUUAUCACUUUUUCGGUCCUCUUUCAUCCCAGUUCUUGUAUCCACAGAUGUUGGUGCCCGUGGUUUGGACAUUGAAGACGUGGCAAUGGUCAUCAACUGGGACCUGCCAAAUGAGCCCGAAGAAUACACGCACCGAGUCGGCAGAACUGCACGUGCUGGUAAAGGUGGUGUCGCUGUUAGUUUUGUGACGGAAAAGGAUGAAGAUCGGGUAUCACGAAUAGAAGGACGGAUUGGCAUCCAAUUAGAGGCUAUGACCAUGCCAGAAACCAAGGUUCUAGAAAAAUUGAAUGCGGUAUCCACAGCAAAAAGGCUAGCAAAUAUGGAAUUACAUGAUUCAAACUUCGGCCAACGAGAAGAAAUACAUAAGCUGAAGUCUAAGAGAAAGCGGGUGGACGAUUGAUUCAUGUAUUUACCCCCGAUGGAUCGGUUCAUAGCUGACAGCGGGUGCGUUUCUCAGUCAACAUGCCCCGUCCGUAAUACUUUUCCCACUCCAUGGUAACCUCGGAUAGGCUGGUCUCGUUUCUUCUAGAAAUAGGAGUUGGAAGCAAAGUUGCAGGGACCGGAAGCACCCGAUUAUGAUAGUUCGCUCUCGAUCGCGAAUGAGUGCAAGCAGCUCGAAUACUGCGGAAUAGAAUAAAAAUGAUCAGCU